GAGCCCGCGCUCCGCAAAUUGUAGUUUCCUCGGAAUCGGUUGGGCAACGUAACUGCCACUCGUCUCGAAUGAUUUCACAUUGCGAGAUUGCGAUGAAUGAAAAUAUUAAUCACGGUGAAUAGCCGCUCCCAGAGUUUACACAUAAGAACUUGUUAUUUAGACCUAAAGUGUAAGUGCAUGUGAGUUCUAAAGGUGGAUUCGUGGUAAUUGAGUGAUAUCCAGUUCUACCUUUACAAUCGUGAACUUCCCAUGUUUACGUGCUGAAACACGGCACACAGUGAGUUCUUGGAGCUCCGGUUCUUCUGGUUGCCGAUUAAUGGGAUCUUGUUACUAAACAGGUAAUUGAGUAACUGGUCUUCUGAUUCUAAGAUAGGUGUUGACGGAAGCGCGGCAAGAUGCCGGAGGGAGUGGCGAAGGACGCGAAGGGCGCCAAGGAGGAGAAGCCCAAGGCCAAGGAGUCGCCCAAGCGCCGCCCCGCCGGCAACCAGGCCAGGGUCAAGGUGGAGCUGCUGGAUGGCUCCGUCAUGGAUCUGGAUGCUGAUAGAAAGAUCCGCGGGCACGACCUCCUCAGCAAAGUGUGCGACAGCCUGAACCUGGUGGAGAAGGACUACUUCGGGCUGCUGUACGAGGACCGGGGCGACCCUCGAGUGUGGCUCGACCUGGAGAAACGCGUCUCUAAGUUGCUGAAACAUGAGCCGUGGUCGCUGCGUUUCGCAGUGAAGUUCUACCCGCCCGAGCCGGCGCAGCUGCAGGAGGAGCUGACGCGAUACCAGCUGGUGCUGGCCAUACGGAAGGAUCUGCUCGACGGUCGCCUACCAUGCUCGGCGGUGACGCACGCGCUGCUUGCCAGCUACCUGCUGCAGUCGGAGCUGGGCGACUACGAGGCGUCGGAGGAGGGCGCGGGGCUGUGCAAGCAGCUCAAGCUGGUUCCGCCCGCCGCCGCCACGCCCGAGCUGGAGGAGAAGGUGGUGGAGCUGCACCGCACGCACAGAGGUCAGACCCCGGCGGAGGCCGAGCUGAACUACCUGGAGAACGCCAAGAAGCUGGCCAUGUACGGGGUGGACCUGCACCCGGCCAAGGACUCUGAAAACGUGGACAUCACCCUGGGAGUGUGCUCCUCCGGCUUGCUGGUGCACAGGGAGAAACUUCGCAUCAACCGGUUCGCGUGGCCCAAGAUCCUCAAGAUCAGCUACAAGCGGCACAACUUCUACGUGAAGCUGCGGCCCGGCGAGUUCGAGCAGUUCGAGUCCACGGUGGGCUUCAAGCUGGCCAACCACCGCGCCGCCAAGAAGCUGUGGAAGACCUGUGUCGAGCACCACACCUUCUUCAGACUGAUGUCGCCCGAGCCGGCGGCGCGCGGCACGCUGUUCCCGCGGCUGGGCUCGCGCUUCCGCUACAGCGGGCGCACGCACUACGAGUCGCGCGCCGCGCCGCCGCAGCGCACGCAGCCGCACUUCGCGCGCGCCAUCUCCGCGCGCCGCCUGUCCUCGCGCAGCGCGGACGCGUUGGCGGCGAGCGACAAAGAAGAGGCCAUGCCCGAAGCCACCAAGCGGCACACCAUGCCGCCACAACCCGCGGUCCGACCCACUAUCAAAGACAAGAAGCCCCCGCCUGGCGCUGUCAAGGUGAUGCCGACGUUGUUCAAGAAAGACGACGACAAGAAAUUGCCUGAACAGCGGAAACCUGCUGAAAAUGGUACCGACACGACCAGCGACCCCGGCGUGACCAACAAUGUAGAGACACCCAAGAAGUCCAAGGGAGGCUUUACGCUAUUCGGCGGCAAGAAAGAGAAAUCGCCUAAAGAUGAGAAGUCACCCAAAGAAAAAUCUCCAAAACUGAAAGUUGACAAAUCUCCUAAAGAUAAAGAUAAGAAAAUCAAAGAUCCAAACGCUAAGAUCGCUGUGCUCGAUACCUCAAUUGACAGUUCAAACCCUGAUACUUCACUUGACGUGAGCCCUGUAAAAGAUGAAAAACCUAGUUUCACUAAGCCUUAUGAAUAUACGGAUACUGAAAGAAGUCCUACGAGAAAACCUUUCAUUCAAGGCGCAUUCAGUUACGAAAAAGAACCUAUUUCGGACGAAAAACAAAGAGGUAUGGAUGAAAGUCAAAGUCCGGGUACUAGAAAAGCGGGUCUAGCUUUUAACUAUGCUCCAGGAGAAGAUAAAAAAGUCGCUGAAAGCGCGGAAAAGAGAAAAACUCCUGAAGAUUUCAGCAAACUCAAGACUCCAGGAAUAGAUUAUGUGCAAUCAGCCGCUUUGAAAGAACAAGCAAAGACUCCCAAGUCUAAUCUAAUAGACCCAACUCUCGCUCUUUUAGACGCCGAAAGAGCUCAUCACGAGGCUCCAGUAGCCAUAGUUCCUGUCGUGGCUAAAUCCGAUAAUGAAAUCCAAGUGGUUAUCAUAACUGGUCGGUACAACCCUAAGACCAAAAAAUUAGAUGAUGCCAAUGGAACUAUUCUCGUUACAAAAGGAACGCUAAACAAAGCCAAUGGAAAGAUACAAACUGAAAAAGAAUUGAUCAACAUGAAGUCUGGUCAAAUAAACUUUACUGAUCCAGUUUCAGGAAAACAAGAGGUAAAGAACGGUCAUGUGGACUCCAAAACCGGUCAUAUUCUCUUUACAUCUGGCGUCAUUGAUCCGAAAACUGGUAAAAUAGAUUCAACAUUAGCUCAACAAUACUGUUUCGUAGAAAAGGCUGAAGAUAAAGUAGGUUCCAAGCCUGGUCGUGAAGUUGAUUUAGUAGUAAUUACAGGAAAAUAUGACGGUAAGCAUAAGAAGUUGGACGCUUCGCACGGCCAUGUUGAAGUUUCUAAAGCUAUUGUAUCUCCCGAUGGUACUGUGAUUUCAAAUUAUGGUGUUAUAGAUCCGAAGAAAGGUAAAAUUGAUUACAUAGAUCCAAAAACAGGCAAGCAAGAUCCAAAACAAGCUUAUGUUGAUCAAAAGACUGGUAACCUUCUCGUUACAACAGGAGUACUUGAUCCGAAAUCUGGCAAAGUUGACUCCACAUUGGGUCAACAAUUUAGUGUUGUUGAAAAAGAUGCGACAAAGGCAAAUAGAGAAGUAAGAUUGGUUGUUGUUACGAGCAAAUAUGAUUUGAAAAACAAGAAGCUUGAUUCGUCCUUUGCUCAUGUGGACUCUAUAAAGGGAGUGCUAAGUGGUGCUGAUGGUAAAAUAUAUACAGAAUAUGGUGUGAUUGACCCAAGAACUGGUGAUAUACAGGUCACUGACCCUAAGUCAGGUAAGCAAGAAGUGAAACAAGCACAAGUUGACCCGAAGACUGGUAAUAUUCUGCUAUUAUCUGGUGUUAUUGAUCCACGAACAGAUAAACUUGAUACGACACUAGGACAACAAUACAGUAUAGUAGAUAAACCUACAUCCACAUUCGCCACGUUGCCAGGAAAAGAAGUUCAAGUAGUAGCUAUAACUGGAAAAUAUGAUGCUAAAACUAAAAAAUUAGAUAAUCCCAAUGGUUUUAUUGAAACCUCUAAAGGAAUUGUUAGUGAUAAAGAUGGAAAAGUACACUCAAAUUUCGGGAUAUUGGAUCCUAAUACUGGAAAAAUCUACUACACGGAUCCUAAGACAGGUAAACGUGAGUCUAAACAGGCAACACUGGAUUCAAAAUCGGGAAGUUUCCUUCUAACGGCUGGAGUAAUUGAUCCGAAGACAGGCAAAGCUGAUUCAGCGCUUGCGCAACAACUUGCCAUUGUUGAUAAAGACGCACCUAAGGGAAUUCCAGAAAGACUCGUCAAUUUGGUUAUUGUUACUUCAAAGUAUGACCCUAAAACCAAAAAACUUGAUUUGUCGAAUGCACACAUUAAUUCCAUUCAGGGAAAACUUGAUGACGAUGACAAAGUCCACACAGAACUGGGUGUUUUUGAUCCAACAACAGGUCAAAUAACAAUAACUGAUCCAGUUACUGGCAAACAGGAUGUUAAAAAGGCCACUGUGGACUCCAAGACAGGUAACAUGCUACUUACGUCUGGAGUUGUAGAUCCCAAUACAAAAUUGGUUGACCCAAGUUUAGGGCAGCAGUAUACUGUUGUAAAUAAACCCAAAGAUACAUUUGCAUCUGUCCCAGGAAAGGAAGUGCAACUUGUAAUCAUUACUAGUAAAUAUGACACAAAAUAUAAAAAAUUGGAUACUCCUAAUGGUCACAUUGAAACUUCUCGCGCCAUUGUUGCUUCUGAUGGCAGAAUACACUCCAAUUUCGGUAUAAUAGACCCUAAAACUGGAAAGAUUGACCAAGUAGACCCUACAACUGGAAACCCUGAAGUUAGAAACGCUGUUGCCGACCCUAAAUCGGGUCAUCUUAUCCUCACCUCCGGAGUCAUCGAUCCGAAAACCGGAAAAGUUGAUUCAUCACUAGCUCAGCAAAUCAGUAUUGUUGAUAAAGAUACAAAACCGGUCGAAAGACAGGUUCAUUUAGUUAUCAUAACCACGAAAUAUGAUCCAAAAACGAAGAAAAUCGAUCCAAGUCAAGGUCACGUAGAUACAAUUAGUGGCACAGUAGGCCCCGAUGGUAAAAUCUAUACAGAAAUUGGUACCGUUGACACAGCUACAGGAGAAAUCGUGAUUACAGAUCCUAAAACUGGCAAGAAAGAAGUUAAAAAAUCUCAUGUUGAUCCUGCUACUGGUCAUAUGCUGAUUACAAGUCAAGUUAUUGACCCCAUGACAGGAAAAGUAGAUCCUACUUUAGCACAACAGUACAGCAUCGUUAACAAACCUGUUGUUCCACAUUCAAAACCGCCAUCUAAAGGUGAAGUGCGACUUGUAAUCAUAACCAGCAAGUACGAUCCUAAGACUAAAACUGUCGACGCCGGCUGUGGAACCAUUGACGCGUCUAAAGGCUAUGUUAGUGUUGAAGAUGGAAAAAUACACACAGACUUCGGAAUUAUUGAUCCUAAAUCAGGUCAGAUUCUGUAUAAAGAUCCGAAUACAGGUAAGCAGGAAUUAAAACAAGCAGAAAUUGAUCCGAAGACGGGCAAUAUUAUUGUGACGUCAUCGGUUACAGAUCCUAAGACAGGCAAAGUUGACCCCUCAUUCGCUCAACAGUUGAUGAUUGUUGAUAAGCAGAAUGUGCUGUCUAAACCGCAAGUGUCUCAGAGAGCAAGUAUUUCACCCGCUAGAAGCAUUCCAACUCCAGUAAAGACCCCCACUCCCACGCCAGUACAAACACCUCUACAUUCGCCAGUUCAUACAUCUUCACCCAUUAAAAGCCAGUUACAAAAAGCUUCUCCCAUUACAUCAGUUAAACCCGUGGCACCUCCGAAACCGAUGACAGCUCCUCCAGAACCACCGAGGAAGAAAAUUGUUAAAAUUAUGGUAAUCUUCACGAGAUUGGACCCUAAGACGAAGAAGCCAGAUUUUCAUACUGCUGAAGUGGAACAUCUAACCGGCGUUCUCGAUCCGAACGGUCUGGUCGAAACAAAAUAUGGCGUCAUUGACUCAAACAAAGGAAGUAUCGCCAUCACGGAUUCUGCUGGUCAGAGACUCACCAAAGAUGGUUUGGUGCUCAAUGAAACAGGUCAGAUCUUUAUUAAUUCGGGAUCUCUUGACCCCAAGACGGGCAAAAUUGAUCCGAACAUGGGCAUGAUCGUCAGCAUCGCCAAACAAGAUGAUCCUAUAGUAGAAAUUACUACAAUAACUGGCCCUAUAGAUCCUAGAACCGGCAAAGUUAAUAUUGAAGACGGUGUUGUUGAACAUACUAAAGGUAAGGUCGAUGCGGAUACAGGCAACAUUUCAACAAAAUAUGGUGUUAUCGACCCUUCGAACGGUGUCAUAUUCGUGACAGAUACUUAUGGAGCUCAAGAUACAAAGCCUAUUCAAAUUGACGAGAACAACGGGCAAAUUACUGUUACUGGUGCUGUCGAUCCUAAGACAGGAAAGUUUGAUCCUAAACUCGGACAAGUUCUCGUAGUGGGAAGUCAUAUCGAUCCUGUAGUCGAAGUGACCACUUUUGUAGGUAAAUUUGACUCUAAGAAAGGAAUGAUUGAACCGAAACAUUCACUAAUCGAGAGCAGCACAGGACAACUGAACCCUCACAACAACAAAAUCGAUACCAAAUAUGGUCAGAUCGAUCUAGUCAAAGGCACUGUCACGUACAAUGACCCCAAGACUGGUAGAUUUGAGAGUAAAGAACUUAAAGUUGACCCCAUCACUGGACAAUUCCUGUUACGUAGUGGGCAGGUCAAUCCAAAAUCAGGCAAACCCGACAAGGAUAUCGGAAGACUCAUGUGCUUGAGGAUAAUUCAGACUAAAGUAGAUCCAGUUUCUGGAAAACAAAUCGUCGCGAACGAUCCAAAGAACGUCAAAGUUGAUCCCAAGACCGGCCAGAUUUGGAUCGCUGGACCGAAAGACCCACAAACGGGAGAAACGUUGUACACAGCCGGUCAAGUAGAUCCCGUCACAGGCUACAUCAUUACCGUUUACGGCCGAUAUGAUCCAAAAUCGGGAACUAUAUCUAGAGCGACAGAUAUCGACAAAGCUCUUAUCAAAGUCGAUCCGGUCAACGGACAAAUUUACACAGCCACGGGCGAAGUCGACGAAGAGAACCAACCGCUGUAUUCCGCUUCCCAAGUCGACCCCGGCAGUGGGGAAAUUUACACCAAAGUCGGCAGAAUAGACCCACGAACGGGCAAACUCAUCAUCAUCAGGAUCUACAUAAUAACACAGAAGGACGAGAAAGGUCGCGUCAAGGAACUCGACCCGAAAGAAUGCACGAUUGACGAAACCACAGGCAGGAUAAUAACGACCAAAACCGUUUACGUAUAUCAAAUCAUCGACCCGGUCACCGGCGAGACCAUCGACGUGGAUCCGGACGACCCCAGGCUGAAGGGCGCGCGCACCACCGUCACUCAGACCAUGACGCUGUCCGGCAAGAUAGACCCCGUCACGGGGAGAAUAAAGACCGAGUACGGCGACAUCGACCCCGACACCGGCGACAUCGACCCGAGCACGGCCGUGCGGGACCCCGUCACGGGCCAGCUCAUCCUGCACUACUCGCAGAUCGACCCCUCGCACUUCGAGGACAAGAGCGGCAACUACACGAUCGAGAAGGAGACUCACGACCUGCCGGCGAACAUCGACAUCGAAACGGUGAACACGCACAAGUUUUCCACGUUCGGCAAAGACGAGAGCCCGGCGCGCGGCGACGAGCCCAAGACGUUCACGGAGUACACGACGUCCGAGCACAUCAGGCACCAGGGCUACGUCGUGUCCCCGCCGACCCCCCAGUCCAAGAUCCCGAUCUCGCAGCGCGCCAAGAAGACGCCGACGCCGCCGGUGGUGGUGAAGACGACCACCAAGCAGCUGCUGACGCGCAACGACGAGGGCGUGACGCACAACGUGCAGCAGGAGGUGGAGAACCUCGGCACGGGCGAGGUGACGUUCUCCACGCACACCAACAAGGCGGAAAGCUUAGAGCCGGAGGGGAAGAGCCCGUACGUGACGGCGCGCGCGGUGACCACGCGCACGGCGACCACGCACCACGACCUGGACACGAAGGCAAAGACCCAACAGAUGGAGGAGAAGACGGUGGCGCACACGCUCACGUCGUCGGCCACGCGGCAGGAGCAGCGCGUGCUCACGCAGGAGGUCAAGACGACCGUGACCACCGGCGACCAGCUAACUAGACGCGGCUCGGAGAGCUCGCUCAGCAGCGGGGAUUCCGGAACGCCUAUCGACUUCGAGGAGGGCGGGGAAGGACAUUACUACGUCACUGAGCCCGGCUCGUACCGGACCACCACGACCACGACAGCGAUGGGGAACGCGCCCUUCGGAGCCAUGCUGCACGGCGCCGCCGCCAGGAUGAGCACGGGCCCGCAGGUGACGGAGGAGGAGGAGCCCGCGUCCGCGGACGGCGAGGUGGUCUCCUCGCAGACCAUCAGCUCCAAGACGCGCACCGUCGAGACCAUCACUUACAAGACUGAGCGCAACGGCGUGGUGGAGACGCGCGUGGAGCAGAAGAUCACCAUCCAGUCGGACGGCGACCCCAUCGACCACGACCGCGCGCUGGCCGAGGCCAUCCAGGAAGCGACGGCGAUGAACCCCGACAUGACGGUGGAGAAGAUAGAGAUCCAGCAGCAGAGCACGCAGCCGUAGCGCUCGCUCGGAAGGGAAUUCUUUUUUAAAUUGUACGAUCUCUACUUAGAUAGCAAAGUGUCAGUUUUACACGACACGACACGACACGAUCGUCAAGAGUAUUCUGCUUGCGAGCUUUGGUGCGUUUUAUAUGAUGCGAUUUCUCGUGCGACGCGUAUAAUAAAUGUAUAACAAAUGUAAUUGUAAAAUAAAACGUUAUCUAAGAUAUCGUGUAUAUAAGAACGCUAAAUCCGUGUGACGCGAUCGCACGACUGAUCGUAUCGGAUCGGCUUUCGACUUCCUACCAAGAUGGCGGCCGCUCGUUUAUAAUAUUUUGUAUGUAUAUGGAGUUACAUACGGACAGAUAUGUUUAAGCGACAUAAAUGCGAAUAUUAAUUAAGUUUUAUAUUACGACAAUAUAAUUAUAAUUGUCGAAUUAGUUUUUUUAUUAUAUUAUAUUGAUGUUGUGUCGAAAACGCACUUUCCGAUUUAUUAUUAUUAAUUAAUAUUAUUAUUAUUAUUAAAUGUAUCUUAUGAUUAAUAUUAUUAAGCGUUAAAAAAUGCAAUUCAGAUAAUGUAUAAAUAACGUAAGUUGCAGCAUUUUCAAAGUUUGACCUACUUUUAAGGAAGGGGGUUCUAAUGUAAGCUUAGGCUAAGCGAUACGUUACUGGGCUUUUUAGGGCGUGUAAAAGUUGCCAUAGUGGAAAAAUCGAUGUGUUUGUUUGUAAGGCCGCGCACACACGAUCCACUUCGCUGCUGCGGAACUUGACACGUGUACAGCGGGGGUAAAGUGAUCGUGUGUGCUUACCUUAAAAACGUGAGAACAUUUUGCUGCGAUUCGUAAAAUAAAUAAUUUAAUUAAAACAAAAACUUAAUUAAUUAUUCAGUUUCUCGGUUUGUUUUGAAGUUCUGUAUAACACAAUAUUUUAUAUUAAUCCCUAUUUGCAAUUGCUUACAAUAUAUUCAAAAACUUCAUACGUGUCAAUGGUUACGAAUACUUAGUUGUAUCAAAACAUAAUGUUGAAACAUCUCAACGGCUCUACUCAAGUGAAUUGGUCGGUGUAUGCCCGACCAGUUUCGAAUUAGAUGGAGCAACUAGGUAAAGCAAAUGAAAAUUAAUGAAAACGUUUUUAAAAUUUCUCUUUUAACUCUCUAUGUGGUGCGGUUUGAGAGUUUCUUUUUAUAGCAAAAUAAUCUCACGUCCUUAAGGCUGUGUAAUUUGUCUAAAACUUUCGAUGUUAGCUUUAAAACAUGUCACGAACUGAACCACCGGUAUUUAGAUUAAAAAAAUAAAUGUUUCUCUCUCUCUGUAUCGAAAAUCUCAAAAUGACAUUCAAUAAUACUCGAUUGACAGGUCAAACUAUUAUUCUAGGACCAAACUAUCCUUCACUGUGGCAUUGACAUUGCACAUGGAGUUGUAAUUUAUGACGUCAUUUGACAUGUGUCAAGAGCGUCAUCACUGUUCUCUGUGUGAUAUUGCACAUGAAAGUGUCAUUCAACAUUCAACGAUGUCAUCGUUUGACAUUAUCAUGUCAUAAAUGCAAUGUAAACGUCAUAGUGGAUUAGGACCAUAAGCAAUGAAGCAUUAGGUUAUUUUUGACAGCCAAAAAUAUACCAGUAUACUUUGGUCUACAAUUUUAUUUCAACCGACAUCCAAUUAGGAGGUUGUAGGUUCUGUAUUUUAACAUUGUCAACUUUACAACCGAUGGACAUUCACUGCUGGACUAGUGGUGUCCAACGAUUCUGUUGGACACUCAACACUUUUAGGCCUCAAUACCAACACCGUGAGCGCCCAUCGUCAGUGGUUUGCACAUAUACGCAUAAAGACAAUACUUACCCCUAAAUGUUUUACCACUGGUAUUGAAGACAUUUUUGUAUACUCUGAGUCGUACUGUGCUUACAGUGACUCAUUCUGUGCACGCCACGUCUUACGUCCAUCGGUCCCACUCGACGCGUUUACUAGUUUUGAACAUAUUUAACUGGUGAACCGAUAUAUUAAUUAUCCGUGCGUGUUUGAAUGUUUCAGUAGUUACUUUGGCGGCAACUUUCUGUUUGUACGUGCAAUCGGGACCUAAAAAUGUUAAAAAAAAAGUAUAUUUAUGACAUGUUGCUAUAACUGAGGCGAUUCUCACACAGGGCGACCCAACGGCGUCGAAACUAAUUUGUGCACUGCCCGUCUGUCCGCGUUUGAGUUGCGAGGUGGGUCCAAACUAUAAUUCCACCCGGGUUAAAAAUAAACAUCCUACUAAAUUUUUUAGAGUAGGUAAAGCUUUCUGCUUGUAUGGAGUGCCUUUGUGAUUAGUGUCAUUACAAAACUAAAUUCGUUCGUGUCUCCCUGUGUGAUAAUGCAGGAAACACAAUUUUAACUCGUGACGCGACGCUACAAUGUUUAUGUCGUCUGCAGCAUUCGCGUUCCGCGUUCAAAGUGUUGCCCGCCUUAAUUCUAAUAUAUUUCACCAUUUAGGUGCUAUUAAGGGUUUAAUGUAAUAAUUCUAUGUCUUGUGUAUUUAGUGCCGUAUUUUUUAUAUUUUUUAAGCUGGAACCUGGAGUCGCUUCCCGCUCACUAACUUCAACGACUAAUGUGACAUACGCGAGUUAUGACACACGCCUGUUUUGACAUAUGCGAGUUAUGAAACACGCUCGUUUUGACAUACGCGAGUUAUGACACACGCCUGUUUUGACAUAUGCGAGUUAUGAAACACGCUCGUUUUGACAUACGCGAGUUAUGACACACGCCUGUUUUGACAUAUGCGAGUUAUGAAACACGCUCGUUUUGACAUACGCGAGUUAUGACACACGCCUGUUUUGACAUACGCGAGUUAUGAAACAUGCUCAUUUUGACAUACGCGAGUUAUGAAACACGCUCGUUUGGACAUACGCGAGUAAUGACACGCUCGUUUUGACAUACGCGAGUUAUAGAGUAGCUGAGCAGUUAUAGUUUUAUUAAAUACUUAUUUUGUACAUGAUAAGUGCCUUAGAAUAAGAAUUCGGACACUGUUUUGUGACGAAAUUUCCAUAAAUUUAAUAAUUACGUAAUUAAAUUUAAUUCAUUAAUGAAUAACUUAGAAUUACUUGGUAAUUGUUAAUGAAUGAUCUAGGCAGUAAUUAUGUAACUUUUUAUUGAUCAUAGAUUUGCUGCCUAUUACUUUAAUAAAGUCGUUUAAAAAUUAUCUUACAAAGUAGGUAUUUCACCCAGUAAUUUUUAAUUUAUAUAAAUUUUAUUGUCAAUGUAAAUUUAACUUACGAUUGAUUGUCUGCUCACGCGCGGUUUUAAGGUACGAAAUAGGUUGAAACCUGCGUUGCGUACUAAAUAUUGUUAGAAGUAGAUUUUGAUUUGAACCCUAUUCUAUAGAUUUGAUCGAGAUCAUUGUUGUAUUGUCUUUGUCAUGUCGCAUUAGUCGUUCAGUUGUCCGCUGUGUUCAGGCUUGCGGUCGACGUGUACUGUGUAGCUCCCUAGCGUAUGUGGUGAGGCCAGAGGAGCGUUUGCCUAUCGAUAUCACGAGCACAACACUUUGUUGUUGUACGAAUAUUUUAUUGCACUACCAUACUGUAUGAUUCAUAAACCAUGUACAAGAAUAAUAUAUAGUUUCUACUAUAAAAUCAUUUAUGUGGAACUGAGAAAUCGUUCCACUACAAUGUAUAUGUUAUAUUACGUUCAAUUGAUAUCCUUCGAUGAUUGUUUUUGUUAAAUUUAAAAACGAUGUAAAUUAUUCGUACAAUAAUAAUUUUUUAAAAUUUAAUCACGUUUCAUCGCCAUUUUUUAUAUAAACCGACCGGACAUUCCAAUAUACCUGGCGUAUUACACAAUUGUUUAGAUUUAUAAUGGUAUGUUCGUUUUUAUUGUAUUCAUUUUAUAUUUGUUUCUAUAAGUAUAGAUAACUGUCCUUUUUUGGAUCUGUGGGCGAAGACUUAAUGAACAUUUUAUACAUAUAUCUUAACUGCAGAUACCCUUAAUAAACAAAAAUAGAAAUCAUUCAGUGCGUUAUGCUCAUGUGUGCGAAAAAUAUUCAAGCAACUUUGCGUAUAGACAGAUAUUGAUACAUCCACUCUUAAGAACCUUCGGGUUUAUAAUAAUAUACAAGGAAACAGUACUUAUUUACGCAUUUUAUUACUUUUAUUUAUGGUAAAAACAACUUGAAGGUCAACCGUGGCCAGUCCAAGGUUCUCAUGUCAUGUCAUUUUAUAAUUACGUUUCUAUCCUUUUAAAUAGACGAGGCCGGUAAUUGCUUGGCUAAGACUGUGCAGAUUCCUAAAAUACAAUUGAAAACUAGAACGAUAACUUAAACAUGUUUUUUUUUGUAAUUGGCGUAAAAAGAGACAAUAAAAAGUUCACAAAAUACCCAAUUAAAAUAGUUAAGUACUUCGUUAUGGACAACGCUCGCUUUUUGGAAAUAACGAAAAUGAGAUGAGAAAUUAUGUUGUUUUUAUUCGCCCACAGAAGAUAUACAAAAGAAACAAUGAUUUUGUACAAUUUUAAUUAUACAUAAAUAUAAUAACUAUCUAAUUAAUAUAUUUCGUACAGUUUAGGCGUAAACGUUUUUUUUUUUUGUAUAACAUUAAGUUUAUUAUAUUCUGAUUCAGAAUCAGAGUUUAAUGGUAGAGUUUCUCUUAAUUCUCUUUAUUUUUAUAUAAAUUCGACAUUUUAUUUAAUUGUAAAGUUCUUGAAUAUGCGAAAAGGAUGGUACUUCUUUCAAAAAUUUCAGAUACAAUUUUUAUAUACGUAUAGCGUUUUAAUGACUUCAUUAUUGGGACUGGACAAAAUUGUUGCGUUUUUAUUUAUAUAAAUAAAGUGUAUCAUUUUCCGUGCCUAAAUAUUUGUAUACAAAAAAUCAUACAAAACAUGCUUAUCGCAAAUUCUCGAAUUGCUUGCGUGUGUUAGAGGAAAAAUUUACAUUAUUCGAUAUUGAUAUUUUUUACGAACAUUUUUGUCGAUGAAAGUCGUUAUUUUUUUCAGUCUGUAUACCUGCAAAGAAUAGUCAUUUGUUGGAAAUUAUAAAUGAUUGCUCUGAUAUACGCAAGAACCUCAUGUUUUAUAUUUAUUAAAGAUGUUUAUUUUUCUAAGAGUCCCAGCUCCGUAUUAUUUGAUAUUUAACGAAGUUAUGACGUCACAGAUAUUACAAAUAAAAAUGCUUUGUUUUAAA